CCUACCGAGAUUCAAGCUUUAGCAAUACCUCAACUACUCGAUCGUCGUUGUCACCAUAUCUUGGUUGCCGCAGAAACAGGGUCUGGCAAGACCUUAGCUUAUUUACUGCCUACGAUCGAACUGCUCAAACAGGAUGAAAAGAACAUCGACAGACGUCCGUACCGACCGCGUGCCCUUGUGCUCGUGCCGACACGAGAACUGAUUCAGCAGGUCGUCAGGACCGCCAAAUCACUAAGUCAUAUCGUCAAGUUACGCGUGGUCGGCAUGGAAGGUAAAAAUAAGACGCCGCUCGAAGACGGUCCUGUAGACCUAAUCGUCUCCACACCGACGUCUAUCGCCAUCUCACUUCGAAACGGACUGAUCUCUCUAUCUGACACAAAGUAUCUCGUGAUUGAUGAGGCCGACUCGAUGUUUGACAAGGGCUGGGGCGAGGACUGUAAGCAGAUUAUCCGAAGGAUCCGCGAAAAGAACGACGAAAAAGUCAUGGUUGUGUCCGCCACGCUACCUCGAUCAGUCAACAAGACGCUCGACAAACUAUUUCCUCACAUGACCAAAAUAACCACACCUUCGUUACAUCGAUCACUACCCAAUCUCAAGCAAUCUUUUGUCGACCUCGAUCGGUUUCAAGGAAACAGACAGCUCGCCUUGCUCGAGAUCCUCAAGAAAAACAUCAAGGAUAAAAAGACACUGAUAUUCUGCAACACCCGUAAAUCCGCCGAACUGCUGCAUAAAUUUUUAGAGUCGAAGCAUCAAAAGACACUUGUUCUCUACAAGGAUGCACUAAUGGAUCGAAAGGAAGCACUCGAACUGUUUGAACAAGAUCCCUCUCACAAGAUGCUCAUCAGUACAGAUAUUGCGUCCAGAGGCAUUGACACUACAUUUGUCGACCAUGUCAUCCUCUUUGACUUUCCUACCUCCGUCAUCGACUAUCUUCAUCGAGUCGGUCGUACGGCAAGAGCAGGGCAAACAGGA